AUGUCUCAAGCUCAACAACGUCUGACCCAGGUGUCUUCGCACCUUUCUGGCUCGAAAUCCAGCAGCAUCCACGACAAGCACCCGGACGACAUUGUCGUGACCGCCGCUCUUCGCACACCCAUCACAAAGGGUGGCAAGGGUGGAUUCAAAGACACCGCCGCGUCGGACCUGUUGGUGGGAGCUUUCAAGGGCCUCAUCAGCCGCAGCGGAAUCGACCCGGGCUUGGUUGAGGACAUUGCUGUGGGCUCUGUGCUUCCUCCCGGUGGUGGUGCCACUGAGUUCCGUGCUGCUGCUCUCGUGGCCGGCUUCCCCGAGACUGCUGCCGUGCGCAGCUUGAACAGACAAUGCUCCAGUGGCCUCCAGGCUGUUGUCGAUAUUGCCAAUGCUAUCAAGGCUGGCGUUAUUGACGUCGGUGUUGGUGCUGGUGUUGAGAGCAUGAGUCUUCAAUACGGCCCCGGCGCCGUGACCGAAUUCUCUGACCUCCUCGAAAACCACAUUGAGUCUGCCAACUGCAAGGUUCCCAUGGGUGUCCUCUCCGAGAAAAUGGCCAAGGACCGCGGCGUCACCCGCGCCGAGCAGGAUGCCUUUGCCGCCUCGUCAUACCAAAAGGCCCUCAAGGCACAAAAGGCCGGCCUCUUCAACGAAGAAAUCCACCCCCUCGAAGUCAAGUGGACCGACCCCAAGUCCGGCGAGGAAAAGACCAUUACCGUCAAGACCGAUGACGGUGUCCGUGAGGGUAUCACCGCCGAGUCGCUCGGCAAGAUCAAGCCCGCGUUCGCCAAGGAUGGCAGCAUCCACGCUGGCAAUGCCUCGCAGGUAUCCGACGGUGCCGCCGCCGUGCUGCUGAUGAAGCGCUCUACUGCCGAGAAGCUCGGCCAGAAGAUCAUUGGCAAAUACGUGACGUCCAGCGUCGUUGGCGUCAAGCCCUUGCUCAUGGGCAUCGGCCCCUGGAAGGCCAUCCCUGUCGCCCUCGAAAAGGCGGGUGUGGCCAAGGAGGACGUCGACAUUUACGAGAUCAACGAAGCCUUUGCCUCCCAGGCCGUCUGGUGUGUCAAGGAACUCGGCCUUCCCAUUGAGAAGAUCAACCCCAAGGGCGGCGCCAUCGCCUUUGGCCACCCUCUCGGCUGCACCGGUGCCCGCCAGGUCAGCACCCUCUUCUCUGAGCUCAAGCGCACAAAUAAGAAGAUUGGUGUCACGAGUAUGUGUAUCGGAACUGGAAUGGGUAUGGCUGCCGUUUGGGUUGCCGAGUAA